GGAAGAGACGUCGCAAAAGGGGGGCCUAAGCCUGGGCCCUCUGAUCCCCCUGGAAGGUCAACUACUGAUCAACUUCUAUACCAUGCAGGGCGGCAGAAAAGCCAGACUCCAGUGCAAGAAACUUAAAGGUUGGUACGUACACAGCAGAUUCAAAAUCACAAGGCGAGGGAGAAACGUUGUGAGGGGGAGAAACCUGUCUGUCGUUCACUGAUUCUGUCAGGAUUCUUUCAGGGAGCCCCCAACUCACAAGCAUUGCUUAGAAAGGGUGGACUAGCAGCUGAAGGUUCUCCAGCAUUGCAAGCAUGAGCCAGAGCGUGUGUGUACUUUGCGCGGGGCCGGUGGCCUUUGCUCUAUCACCCCUAUCCAAGCAGGGAUCAUUUGCUCGCAGCUCUUCUUUCAAUGGAAGGGCACUUGUGCCGCUUCAGAGGGCUGCAGGGCACAGAGCUCCCCGGUCUUCGUCCAACAUCAGAGCUGCCGAACCCACCGACAAGUCCUUAGAAGUUAUGCGAAAGUUCUCGGAGCAGUAUGCAAGCCGGACAGACACUUUCUUCUGCUCGGAUCUCUCGGUGACUGCGGUUGUGAUUAAGGGUCUUGCGGAACACAAGGACACACUUGGAGCUCCACUGUGCCCUUGCCGGCAUUACGAUGAUAAAGCACUUGAGGCGCAACAAGGAUUCUGGAAUUGCCCCUGUGUUCCAAUGAGGGAGAGGAAAGAGUGCCAUUGUCUUCUCUUUUUGACCCCAGAGAAUGACUUUGCUGGAAAGGAACAGAAAAUCACGGUAGACACGAUCAAAGAACUUACCAAGGAUGUCUAGAAGCAGAAGCUUUACUGUACAAAUCUUGUGGGGAGAAGAAGUGGCCCCGCACUAGCAACGGCUGUACAUUCACUUUGUUCAUUGAAUCUCCUCGAGUUUGAAAAUCUGGAAAGAAAGCGCAUCCACUGUUCGUGAGUUGCUUUGCAAGUUCUCAAAGCUGGUGAUCAUUGGCAAACCUUUGAUCGUGAUAUCUCCAAGCACUCUUCGUCCUGAAGCAGACGCCACAGCCCGGCAGUUUACAGCCAUGCAUUCAGUAACACAGCAGUUGUAUCCCAUGACAAUCAGGCAUUACACCGCGCACUAAGUUCGAUUUGUAUGCAUUGCGGUCAAGGCCCACCCACGGGAUGACCACUGUCUUCAAAGAAAACACUGAGCGUCGGGUCACUCGCACUCGGGUCACUCGGGUACCAUCAUUUUGUAACUGGUACCCCCCCAUAUUUAAAUCGACCAUUUUCGGAA